GAAUACACUGGGUUUGUUGUUGUUGUUGUUGUCUAAAAGUCUAAAACAAAUUCAUCAUGUGAAAAACGAGCUUACAUUUUAUUUUUAGUCCCUCACUUGGGUCCCCCCUUAUUACACCCCACAAGUACCCUUCCUCUCUUGCCUCAAUUAUUCAAUUUAGAAACCACUCUAUUAGGAAGUCUUUGUCUUCUCGUGGGAUGAAAAGUAAAAACUUUAUGGUAAUAGUAGCUAACUUUGUUGUACCAAUUACAAGUAAGAACACUAGCAAAAGAGAGAGGGAGAAAACUCACAGAUCAUUCUUGUUUGCAAUUUACUCAGCAUUCAACAGGUUUCAGAAAUGGAGAUUGGCUUAGCAGUUGGUGGUGCAUUUCUGUCUUCAGCUUUGAAUGUUCUCUUUGAUAGGCUUGCUCCUCAUGGUGAUCUGCUCAAUAUGUUUCAGAAGAAUAAGAAUGAUGUUCGACUCUUAAAGAAGCUGAAAAUGACUUUGGUUGGCCUUCAGGUUGUGUUAAGUGAUGCAGAGAAUAAACAGGCAUCAAAUCAACACGUGAGCCAGUGGUUUAAUGAACUUCGAGGUGCUGUGGAUGGCGCUGAAAACUUAAUGGAACUAGUCAAUUAUGAGGCUUUGAGGCUUAAGGUGGAAGGUCGGCAUCAAAAUCUUGCAGAAACAAGCAACCAGCAAGUAAGUGACCUCAAACUGAACUUGAGUGAUGAUUAUUUUCUCAACAUAAAGGAGAAGUUGGAAGAAACCAUUGAAACAUUGGAGGAUUUGCAAAAGCAAAUCGGUGACCUCGGCUUACAGAAGCAUUUAGAUUUGGGUAAGAAACUAGAAACUAGAACACCUUCAACUUCUUUGGUCGAUGAAUCUAAAAUCCUUGGUAGAAUGAUUGAAAAAGAGCGAUUGAUUGACCGUUUAUUGUCAAGUGAUUCAAAUGGAGAAAAUCUGACUGUUGUCCCUAUUGUUGGAAUGGGGGGCGUGGGCAAGACAACACUUGCUAAAAUUGUUUACAACGAUCAGAAGGUGAAAGAUCAUUUUGGCUUAAAAGCUUGGUUUUGUGUUUCUGAGGCAUAUGAUGCUUUCAGAAUAACAAAAGGGUUACUACAAGAAGUUGGAUCAUUUGACUUAAAGGAUGACAACAAUCUUAAUCAGCUACAGGUAAAAUUGAAGGAAAGCCUAAAGGGAAAAAGAUUUCUUGUUGUCCUUGAUGACGUGUGGAAUGAUGACUCUAAUGAGUGGGAUGACUUGCGAAAUCUUUUUGUAGAAGGAGCUAUGGGAAGUAAGAUCAUUGUAACUACACGUAAGGAGAAUGUUGCCGGGAUGAUGGAUAGUGGGGCAAUCAACGUGGGGACUCUGUCUGAUGAAGCCUCUUGGGCUUUAUUCAAACAGCAUUCAUUAAAAAACAGGGAU